AUGGACGCCGCCGGCCUGAGAGCUUCCGCCACCUCUUCCCUUCAUUGGUCCAGAGCUUCUUCCCUCCUCCGCCCAUUUUUCAAGCCUAAUUCAUUCCACUUCCCCCUCACUCUUUCCUCUCCACGCUUCUCUCGGCUUUGCUCUCAGCCUGAAAGGGAUCGAGUGAAUGCAUUGCCGAAUGGGGUAGGAGAGGUGGUCGCAGAAGAUCCUCAGAGCAAAUUUCUUCAAGUGGUAUUAGUGUCACCACAGAUUCCUGGAAACUCUGGAUGUAUUGCCAGAACUUGUGCUGCGUCAUCUGUUGGAUUACAUUUAGUUGAGCCAUUGGGUUUUCAGGUAGAUGAUACGAAAUUAAAGCGGGCUGGACUUGAUUACUGGCCAUAUGUGGUAGUCAAAGUGCACAGCUCAUGGGCAGAGUUUCGGGAAUACUUCAGGCAGCAGGAGGGAGAAAAGAGGCUUCUAGCAUUUACUAAGAGAGGGACAAAUAUCCACUCAGAAUAUUCCUACAGGAGAGGAGAUUGGCUUGUAUUUGGCUCAGAAACUAGUGGCUUACCCCCUGAAGCCCUGCUCGACUGUAACAGUGAAUCUUUGGGUGGUGGCACUAUUCGAAUUCCAAUGGUUGAAACAUAUGUUAGAUGUCUGAAUUUAUCGGUCAGUGUUGGCAUCGCUUUAUAUGAAGCUUCUAGACAGCUAAACUAUGAGCAGCUCCAAAAUGCGUCGGAAUCUUGUAUGGACAGUGAAACACCGUUAGCUGGAACUGCUACAGAGGAUAGGGAGUCAUCGGGCUUCAGACCGGUUUCGAUUGUUACCACUGGAUCCUGCUCAGCUCAUUUUUGCCUUAUCAGUAGUCCCUUGUAUUCAGGUGUGUUAUAUGUAAAGACUGGUCUCGAGAGUAAAUUCUUAUGGUCAGGUAGGUGUUGGUGA